AUGGGACAGGACCAAGAGAUGAAUGGACCAGAGGUCAAGGUGACGGAGGACAACGGCAAUGGCGAGCGCCCAAAGUGCUUCAAUAGCACGUUCCAAGAGGUGCUGUUCGUCCUGACCGCCACCAUGGCCAUUGGACAACAGUCAUUUUUUCAAGGUUGCAUUGUCGGAAUUACUGCAUCAAUCGGGGAGGAUUUGAAUAUGAAUUCGGCUGAGAUCACCUGGAUUAACGCCGGCGCUUCUCUCACCAGCGGCGCCUUUCUGUUAUCCUUUGGUAAACUCGCCGACAUGUUUGGUCGCAAAAUAUUGUUUAUCAUUGGCAUGGCCGGCUUUGCUAUUUCACUUCUAAUCGCUGGCUUUGCAACGAAUGCCAUCUACAUGGAUAUAUUCUCCGGUAUCCUGGGUCUAUUUGCCGCGGCCGUUGUUCCACCAGCCGUCGGAGCCCUAGGUGCAACCUAUGAGAAGCCCUCAAAGCGCAAGAAUCUUGCAUUUGCUUGCUUCAGCGCUGGGAAUCCACUUGGAUUUGUUGGCGGUAUGAUCAUUUCAGGUGUAGCGUCGCAUCUCUACAACUGGCGCGCUUCAUUUUGGGCGCAUGCGGUAGUUUACGCCAUCUUUACGGUCUUGACCGUGUGGACUGUACCGGAGGACGGAUUUGCCAAAACGCCUGUUGGCAUGGAGGCGUUUAAGAAGUUUGAUCUUCUAGGGACUGCGUUAAUUAUUGUUGGGUUUGCGUUCUUUUCAAGCUCGCUCUCAUUAGCUGGAGAUGCAGCGAAUGGUUGGAAGACAGGAUAUGUCCUCGGUCUCUUCAUUGUGGGAUUUUUCCUACUCGUCGCAUUUCUGUAUUGGCAGUCUGUUGCAAAACAUCCUCUGAUGCCUCUUUGGGUCUGGAAAGACCGCACCUUCUCACUUCUAAUGGGAAUAUUUUGCCUCGGCUUCAUGGGUUUCGCUGCCGUCACCUUUUAUCUCUCCCUCUAUCUCCAGGAGGUUAAGCACCUGACUGCUCUUGAGAUCACUCUCAGGUUGCUUCCCAUGGUUGUCAGCGGAGUGCUUGUUAAUGUGGUCUGUGGUCUGUUGCUACACCGUGUGAGCAACAAGGUGUUGACUGGUAUUGGAGCGCUGGCCUAUACAGCUUCCUUCUUGAUUCUGAGCUUCAUGAAAGAGGACGCUUCAUACUGGGCGUUUAUCUUCCCAGCACUGGUACUUGUCGUUGUUGGCGCUGAUAUCCAAUUCAAUGUCACGAAUAUGUACGUGAUGUCUUCCCUCCCGCCAUCACAGCAAUCAAUUGCAGGCGGUAUCUUCAACACCGCCAGCAAGCUCUGCAACAAUCUGGGCCUUGGCAUCGCUACAUCUGUCGAAUCCUCCAUUGCUAAUCGGAUGACGGCUUCGACGCCUGCGAUUCAACCUUACUUGUCUGUUUAUUGGUUUGCGGCGGCAGCAGCGGGUCUGUCUCUGGUCAUGGUGCCAUUCUUGAACCUUGGUACACAGGGAAACGCUGUACCUGAGAAUGAUCAAAAUGUUCAUUUGGUUUUCAAUGAGGAGAAAGCUGCUGUGGACAUGCCGGUGGCUGAUCCUGCCGAUCUCCCAAUUGCUGGUGUUACGGGAUCUGUGGUGUCUCCUGCUUUAGAGAUUAAGGAGACUGAAAAGAGAUAG